CACACACUUCUACUUUACUGGGUGGAGCCUCUCAUUCUGUGUCUGAUUAAGAAAGCAAGCGUGGGAAGAACAUAGGGAACUUAAAGAAAAUGUACAGUCUUUGGGAUAGUUUGCUCUUCACCAUAUUCAGCUAAAAAAAGGCUUUGUGGAUCACAUUUUAAAGAUAUUUAAUGAAAGGAUUUCAAGUGGCAGCAAAAGGAAAAACAUGGGGAUACUAUAUUCACAGCCCAUUUGCCAGGCAGCUUAUAAUAAUGAUUUCAAUGAACUUCAGCUCCUCUUGGAAGAAGAUAGAAAUAAUCUGAAUAUCCAGGACUACUUUGGUGGAGACACGCCGUUAAUCUGUGCAUGCAAAAAAGGGCACAAUAGAAUCGUCAGUUACCUUCUGAAAAUGAAUGCUGAUGUGAACAUAAAAAAUAAGAAAGGAAGAACCUGUUUGCACUACGCUGUCAAAAAACGAUUUGGUUUCCUUGAUUAUUUGCUCAUCAUACUUUUAAUGCCCGUUAUGCUACUAGGGUAUCUUCUAAUGGUUUCUAAAAGUAAGCAGAAUGAACACCUCAUCAAGAUGCUACUUAGAGCUGGUGCAUAUGUCAAUGCUCAAGAUGACUCAGGACAGACUGCCCUCCACUAUGCUUGUGAAAUGAAGAAUCAAUCCAUCAUUCCAUUAUUAGUUGAAGCAGGUGCUGACCUUUCCAUAAAGGACAAGGAUGGAGAGACUCCAUUGGACAUGGCAAGAAGAUUAAAGUUCCUCAACAUAGAACAUAUAUUAAAGAAGGAUUCCUAGAUCGCUGCAUCAGACAUUGUCAGAAAAGCUUCAACCCAUGGGGCCAAUUCAUUGUGAUAAAUGUAAUUCCUUUUACAAUUUCAAGUGACAUCAAGCAGCCAAUAAGCUUAUGCAAAAGAAAACCAUGGGUAUCAUGGGUGAUGAAUUCAAAAUGAUAGUGGUUAAUUUUGUAAGCAUCCAAAUAUUAUUUUUAUUUUCAUGAUUGUUUUCUUGCUAAAGUGCAAAGUUUGCAAGAGUAUAAGUCAGUGUUUUUCAAACCUGCCAACUUUAAGAUGUGUGGACUUCAAUUCCCAGAAUUCCCCAGCUAGUUGAAAUCUGCACAGUGGUUAUGAAUUUGAAAAUCAUUGAGACAGUAUAGGUCAUAUUAUUGAUUUCAUUGGUAUUACAUUGUGCUAUUUAUAUGUGUUGUAAUCCAAAACAGAUUUAGCAAUAAAGAUCUCUUGUAAAUUGA